AGCAACAACCGACCUCGAUUCCAAUUCCCACGACGCAUCCCGCAACCCAUAUCACUUGCAAACAACUGCCGCACCAUCCCAGCUCCAGAAGUAUGCCAUACCCACGCCCGCUCCCCGCCGUCCUCCAAAUCUACCGCUCAAUCCGCCGUCUCCACAAGGACCUCCCCCCAGCCCUCCGGCUCGUAGGCAACAACUACAUCCGCGACGAAUUCCGGCGCCACCGCACCGCCGACGCCGCCUUCGUUUCGCAUUUCACGGCUGAAUGGGCGCGGUAUCGGGAUGAACUGGCAUCUCAGAUCGAGUCACAGAGACGGAGAGACGCGGAGGAGGUGGUGAUUGGGAGGAAAUUGACGAGGGAGGAACUGGAUGCGUUGAGUGAUGAGCAGGUUGGGCAGUUGAGUGAGUUGAGGACUGCUGCGAGGGGGGAGGAGCGGGGUAAGGCUGGGGCGAGCGGAAUAUAGUAUCAUGCCGGUUGAAGGGCUGAGCGACGACGGGACGGCACGGGAUGAUCGGAGGAGAAAGACUGAGAGCCGAGUCGACGUGAUGAAGAGGAACAUAUGGGAGGGGCACGGUCUCUCUAUUCGACAUAUCUACAAAGCGGCAGCAGACAUUCUGCGGUACUA